AUGCUGUUCAACAAGGCCCUUCUCAUCGCCUCGGCUGCUCUCGCGCCGUUCGCCCUCGCCGCGGAGGCUCCCACGUCCACCCUGACGGUGCAGAUUGUCAGCGUGCCCUCCACCACUGCCACGCCCUCCACCACUGCUGUCUCGGUCCCCUCCUUCACGCCGCCCCCGACCCCGACGCCGUCCAGCUCUUCGCUCAUCCGCGUCCCCACCAGCUCGGCCAUUCCCAGCGUGUCCUCCGCCGUGGCUCCUGCGGCCACCCCGGCGUUUACCGGCGCUGCGCCCGCGCUGAAGAUGCAGGGCGCCGUGCCUGCUGGUCUCCUCGCUGCGGCUGCUGAUCUCUUUCUUUCUUUCCCAAUCGUUUCCUAUCAGAUGUUCGAAGGUAGUUUGGCUUUGGCUGUGUCUUAUAUCUACUAG